AAAUUAUUUUUUUUAUGUUUUAUACUACGUUUGAUUUUUUUAUUUAAAUAAUAUUCAUUUGUUGUACCACGUGACUUAACUGUCAGGUCGCAACCCAUUUCCCAUUCCUCUGCGUAUUUAUUUUGCACCUGUAUUUCCACAAACCCCGCCUCUUAUGCUAGGGUUGUUUUUUUUCCCUACAAGCAACGGACACUUAUCGAACGAUUAGUUUAACGAUAACCGUACGCUUUCCUACAUUUUUACAUGCUUGCGACGUUAACGUGUAUAAUUUUUAAACUGCCCAAUCCGCGAGCCAACUGUGAGGCCGAACUAUUAACCAAUCAGAGCACAGAAAACUGGAUGUCAGUAGCCAAUCCCAGUCUAGGAGCGUGGGAUCUGCCGGAAUACAGGUAGGCAGCAGUAUUGGCGUGUUAGAAGAAGCGAGCUCAAAUAUCGCCCAAGAUCAUUAUCCUGGUGUUGUAGCGUUUUAGUGUUUUCACAACGAGCUGCUGAGGGGACCAUGCCGAGGACCAUGUCGAUGAUCCUGAACCUCGCACCAAGAUUCUGACUGAUCGGAGAGCUGGGAGGCGCAUCUCUUUUCUUUAAGGGAGCCCUGUAGCACGUCACGCCGCCCAUCGUUUACACGCAACUCGCAAAUCAUGCAGACGGAUCCAGUGCUGGUGGAGUCGUUGGUGGUGUUCUCCAUCGUCCUGUGCGUGCAUGUGGCCGUGUGGAACCAGCUAUCAUGGUGCUGCAUCGCUUUGGCUGUCCAGGCCUUCUACGUCCAGCACAAAUGGGAUCGCCUCCUGCGAACAGGAGCGGCAGUCUUCCAGUUCCGCCCGUCAGCCAAUAGCGGCGUCUUGCCGGCCAGCAUGCUGCUCCCGUUGCUCGGGCUGGUUUUACGGGUUCGCUGCGUCGCCGUGGGGAACGUCCACUUUGAGCGGUUCGCCAUGGUGAUCACGGUGACGGGGAUGAUGUUGGCGCUGUUUUUGUCGCUCAUUGCGCUGGGAGUCACGCGACCGGUGCCCAGCAACACCUGUGUGAUUACAGGAAUCGCUGCCAGCGCCAUCGUGUACACAGUCAAACAGACACUGCUGGUUUCGGAGGUGAUUGAGGUGCUGGAGGUGCUGCUGAUUUUUGUCUACCUAAGUCUGAUCCUCCUCUAUCUCCUCCCGCGCUGCUUCACACCCGGAGAAGCCCUGCUCAUCCUGGGUGGCCUCAGCUUCAUGAUCAACCAGCUGAUCAAGCGCUCGUUGAGCACCAGUACCAGUACCAACACGGACCCGCUUCAUUUCUUCCUUCCUGUAGCCGUGGCAGGACUGGUCAUGCUCGGCCUUAUCUUUGCCCUCCUCUUCCUCUUUAUGGAAUCCGGAACAUGGGCAGCGUCCGCCUUUUUUCACGUCAUGACAGCCGUACUCGGCUUGGGCCUGCUUGUUCCUUGGUUGUCCCUCCUCACUGGACACCACCCUGUCAUCUGGAUUUUAGAAUUCCUCACUCAUAACAGUGCCCGUCUCUGGUUGUUGGCAUACUGGACGUUCCUGGUUUCGGCUGCAGUGUUCGUGGUAGUGCGUCAGAACGCCCGGCGCUCAGAAAGCACCAAGAAGUACCAAGCCUCCACGACUGUAAGAAAGUACUUCCACCUCCUUAUCGUGCUAACCUUCGCUCCCGGGUUGGCACUCGAUCGCCCUCUACUGCACCUGGCAGCCGUUGUAUGUCUAGCAUUGUUCCUUUUCCUGGAAUUGGUGCGGAUUUUCCGGAUUCGCCCGCUGGGCUCGAUGCUGCGCAGGUCGCUGGCUCUCUUCCUGGAUGAUAGGGACUCGGGGCCAGUUAUCAUCACGCAUAUCUACCUGCUUUUGGGAAUUUCAAUUCCCGUGUGGCUCUCGCAAGCACCAUGCAUGUCAAAAGGAGGAGGGGCAGGAGCCGGGGGAUUGGCACCCUAUGCUGGCGUCCUAGCCGUAGGGGUCGGAGACACCGUGGCGUCUAUUUUUGGAAGCACAGCGGGUGAGAUCCGCUGGCCGGGCACCAAAAAGACUUUCGAGGGCACCGCGACCUCAGUGUUUGCACAGAUCAUCGCCGUGGCCAUGUUCCUGAUAGCAGAUUCCGGUGUAAACUUAAACGCCAGCUACUCGUGGGUGGUGGGCUCCAUCGCUAUGGUAGCCAUGCUGGAGGCGUACACAUCACAGAUCGAUAAUCUUCUGUUGCCGCUGUAUUUAUAUGUCCUCCUGAUGUUAUGAGCACGCGUUAACGCGCAUACUCACGCGGUCCUAUACAUAACGUUGUACAUAAACAUUUUUGGAUAUAAAACUCUACACAAAUACAGUGCAGGGUCCAAAAGUUUGCACCCCUUAUCCCUAAGAACCGUUUAUUUCUUUUUUCCCCAAACUUAUUAUUACUCCUCGUUGGUUUUUCUCUACGGUUUUAGUAGUAAAAUAUCCAUUUUAACCGAACGAAAUCUGAACGCAGAUGAUGGAAAAACGUACCGCGGUCCGUAGUAAGGUCGAUAAACGUCAAUGAAACGCCGCGUUAGGAGCUUACACGUGUGUUCAUUUGCCUGGAACGUACGACGUCACGACAAUUUCGAAUACAGGAAGUGCUUUAUAAAUGUGAGGUAUUGUGGCCAAUAUAAAACAAAUCACAAAUCUCAGUGCUGAAGGAGCUCAAAAAAAAAUUAAAAAGCAUCUGAUAUCAUUUUAUAUUACACCCCUAAGUGUUUACGGUCAUUUUUAAUGACCACAGAGAGUCAGGACCUCGAUUUAAAAUCUCAUCCAAAAGACCAUGCUGCUUUUACAGUAUAGUGUCCACAGCACUAUACUGAGGCAUUAGGGUGAGCACCCCCUGCUGGCCACUUCCAGUAUCAACUUUAGUUUUCCCCUAGGAGGUCUCCCAUUCGAGUAUCGGCCAGGCUCAACCCUGCUUAGCUCCAGCGGGACACUGACACUAAUUUAGAGUGCUUUUUUUCACAUAGGCAGUGUUUAGUACACCCCAUUGUUGUGGUUUGAGAGAACACAGGACUCUGGCACUGACCAAAAUAAUCUAGAUGAACUCACGUGUGGAUGGACUUGCAGUGAGGCCGUGAUUCAACGCUGACUGAAUUAAAAAAAAAUAAAAUAAAAUAAGCUGUGAACGCUUUGUUCGCUUCGUUCUGUUGCCGUAUUUCUGAGCAUAUAAUUAUCAAUUAUUUUUCGGCGUGUGGGGGGGGGGCAGAUAUAGAGGCUGGUCUAUAAAUAAAUAACAGUUUAUAGUUUCUAUAACAUAAUUGAUAAUGAACUAACUUGUCUUGUGGAUGUUCCAUAACAUGAAAUGUUGCUAUAAAUGGUUAAAAAGCAUGCUGUAUCAGUCGUUUAAUAAAAACAUAUAUAAUUAUUGUCAAAUUUCUGUUAUAUAAAUGGAAUAAAACGCUUCCAAAAUCCACUUUGGGGUGUAUCGCACCACCCUGGCGCGGAUUAUUUCCCUAUAAGAGCACGGCCCGUCGUGUGUGUGUGUGUGUGUGUGAGAUUCUUUACAAACUGCCUGGCCUUCCGUCUGUGUUUACAUUACCCGCUAUAUCCCUAUUUCACAACAGGAUUAUUUUUAAAUUCUAAAAUCGAAAAUCUUCUCGUCAGACGACGCGGGCUUUUGUCGACACGUGCGCUAACGCGCAGAUGUGCGAUGUUAAGCGUCGAAACAUUCCGGGGACGGAAAAUCUGAUCAAAUAAUUGUGGAGGAAUUAUGAGUGUGUGCGCGUGCAGCCCUUCGUUUAUAUCUCCCUUCCAACAGUGCUAUUUAGGAAUGAAAAACACAGCAGAUGGAGUACACAGGCUAACCGUGGUCUUAAAUACCGAUUUUAUAUGUUCUAAAUGCACCGAAAGGCACGUAGCGCGUGCGGUCAUUAAAGCAUGCUGGAAAUGUCCGAUCUCGCGGUUCCUUGACACGAUGUUCUCUUUGGAUUGACUCGGUUCUCCAGAAAUGUUUACGUAUCCAAAGAGCAUACAUUUAGGGAAUAUCAGGAGUGUCCCGGGGUUCGGAUAACCUGGUACAUGUGUGCGAUCGGCAAAUAAUUUCUGUUCCGGAAACAAAGACUCCGUUAAACGGACUGUAACGUGUAAUCUUAUGAAGUCGUCGUGAAUGAUCUUUAUGACCCUUUAAAUAUCACCACACACACACACACGCACAGUACUGUCUUUAACAUGCAUGAAAGCAAAAAUGUCUUCAUUUUGUUAUUUAUUCCUAGUUCCAGUCUUCUGCCAGCAGAAGUAUGCAUCGAUUUAGCCUAUGAAGAACAUGACUGGUUGUUGUUGUUGUUGUUGUUGUAUUCUUGCGUAAUAUCUGUGGUUAGGGUUCAUAAUGCAAAACAAAUGAAGAACAUUUUGCACUGACCAAUAUGAAUGAAAGCAAUCAGAUCAGGUGUGUGUGUGUGUGUGAGGUCCUCCUGUAGCGGGCAGUAAACAUUCAGAUUGCUGCCACUUUUCUUCUUUGGUGUUAAUCUGCAUUUGCUUCCACUUUUAAAGACUCAUGGUCUGUAUCUCUACGUUUUUAAGUGACGGUUGCUAGAUCGCAUCCGCUGACGCGUAUUCGUUUAGCGGACGCUUUUAUCCGCAGCGACUUACAAACGAGGAAGGACGAGCAGAGCGAUAUGUCAAGCGGAGAACGAUACGAGUAGUCACACUGCACCACACACGGUGUAUUAUUUUCUUCGACUCGCACAACCCAUUGCAGAAGGAAAAAAAAAAAAAAGAGAGAGAGGAAAAUACCUUCACCCCGAUUGUGUCAACAUCCUUAGAAUGAGUUCUAAUCGAAUGCACAGUACGUGAGAAGGUUUUGCAGGAAAAUGUCUGCAGUGAUUCCGUUGAAUUUGUUGAACAGCUUGUGUGUGUUCUUUACUUUUUCAAAUAAAGAGUUGCUU